AAGCCCUGUUGACCCUGGAAGGCGGAGGGCGGGUUCUCUCUUGCUGCCCUCGGCGCAGAGCCGUGAAAUGCUUUGGCUGGGACGGACCCUGGCUCUCAUGUUUGCCUGCUCCUGCCCGCGACCUCACCGCUCCCCAGAACCUGCUUGCAAGCCGGGACCCUAUGGAGAAUCCAAUUCUUGAUGCAGCCAUUUGGCUCCAUGGAAUGAGAUUGCAGCAUCAUGCACCAUGCUGGUGAUGUCACGGGCACCAAGGAAAACAACAAGAGCAUACAGACGGCCUAUUGGGGGUAGAAAAUCAAACUUAAGAAGCACGCGUAUUCAUUGCUACUUGUGCCUCAUUUUAAAUAGUCAUUUUUUUAGUUUUUUAACUGAAGCUGGAACGCCUUUCUUCAUUCUCAGCUGUAUCAGUGCCCAACUACCUAAAACUGAAGCUUCUAACUGGAUAUAUAUCAUAGAUGAUUUGAAGGAGAUUCAACGUUUUAUCCAAAAAUCAAAUAUCGAUGCCACUCUGUAUACUGAAAGUAAUGCCCAUCCAAGUUGCAGAAUCACCAUGAUGAGGUGCUUCCUUCUGGAACUUCGUGUGAUUUCCUAUGAAAGCAAUAAUGUCACACUCCAUGAAACAGUAGAAAAUGUCAUCAUCACUGCUAACACCACAUUAUCAUCAGACAGGAACAUUGAAGAAUCAGGAUGCAAAGAAUGUGAGGAACUGGAGGAAAAACAUGUGGAAGAAUUUAUACAGAGCUUCAUACACAUGGCCCAGUCAUUUAUGGGCACCUCCUAAUGUCACUGGCUGCCCACUGGAUACUUCUUUCAGUGAAAACUUUUUGUGUGAACUUCUGGGGCAGGGACUCAUCAACAUGAGCCACCAGAAUUUGUCUUUCUACAAGAUGAUGAUCAAAACUGUAGAAUUAAUUCAAGUUGUAGAAGGAGGACAGAAAAUGAACCAAGAAGUAUCUUGUGACCUCUUUUGUCUUUUUGUUUUUAAUUUAUUAUUGAAACUCUACAAUGUAGUAUUAUGAAUUCUAAUGUAUCCCAAAUGACAUGAAAACCAAAGCCAUUUUGUCCCUAAUUAGGCAUCACAUUUAAAGAACAGAUGUAUUUGAACAAGAUCUUUGGAAAGAGACUAAAUAGUGGAUAGAGUCAGGAGGAUCUGAGUUCAAAUCUGGCCUCAGACACUAGCUGUAUGACCCUGGCCAAGUCACUUAACCCCAAUUGUCUUCCCCCCACCCUCCCAAAAAGGAAAGAAAUGAAAUGAAAUAAGAUAUCAGCAAAGUACAGUGGAAAGAGUUCUGGAUUUGGAGGGAGAGGGCAUGAGAGGGCAUGCUUCUAACACUCAAUAUCUGUGUGACUUGGGACAAAUCACCUAACUUUUCUGCGUUGUUUCAGUUUUGUUGAUUAUAAAAGGAAGGCACUGGACAAGAUAAUAACAGCUAGAGGCAGCUAGGUGGCACAAUGGAUAGAGUA